AUGUCAAAACAGCCCCCUGAAGAUAGAGGUGAAGCAAGGAAGAUGAACACCUUCAAUAACCUGAUAAGCCAGCUCCUAAACAAGCGGUCUCCCACGAAAUCCCAGUCGCAAUCCAAGACUUUGCACCUACUGGAAAGAAACCAGUCGCUACCGCCAGCGAAUGGUGAGCGUCAGGAACCGCUCGACGAUUCACCGACUCCCAAGAGGCGAAAACUGGCUCAGUCAAGCCCUAUAGGCAAGGCACCAGGACCCACGCCUUCAUCCAGCAAAUCAGAACCAGCAGGGUCAUCAAUAUUUGCCAUCAACAAUGAAAAUGUUAGGCUAUCACCUGCGGCCAAAACUGUGGCAUUCUCUGAUGAAGUGAAGUCCUCGCCAACUCAGCGUACUAUAGGAUCAUCUUCCUUUUUAUUUCCAGCUUCAAAGCCGUCCAAAUCUAUCCUUAGAAAUGGGAUAGGGAUUGAAAAGAGCGUUAGCGACUUGACUUAUGAUAAGCUUGAGUCUUCGUCAAAACUCGCUGGUCGAGGAAAGCCGUUAGAACAUUUCUCCAGGGCCAAGGAUCCUAGCUGUUUGGAGUUCUGGACCAGCGGUGAAGUACACAAUUUAGGUGACGCAAGAAACGUUAAGGAAUUUAGACAGGUUCUGGAUGGUGGUUUAAUGAUGUUGGCUAGGACCGAUAGCGAGUCGGUUGCUCGGAGGUUCGAGAUAUACGCAACAUUCAACACUAUAAUUACAGUUUUGCCUGCAGUUGACGCCUCUGAGGUCAUGGAAAGGAGAGCAACUCAGGUUAUUGGCAGUUUGGACAGGAUUGUAAAUAUAUGCCUGCCACAAUUAAAGGCAGAACAGAAGAAGCUAUUGGAUGCCGAAGAUAAGAAAGAUCCAUUCGUCUCUAGGCUUUAUAUCCAAAUUUUGCGUUUCUUUGGGUCUCUUCUCUCUAAUUAUCGUAUUGUUAGGUCCUUAACGAAGGUUGCGCCAUUACGGGAUAGACUUAAGGAAGUCUUCGAACUGUCUUCAGUCGCACUAAUACACCAAAAUUCCAAUAAAGCCAUAAUCGGGGCACAGUUUUCUUUUCUCGCUGAUGAGAAAUAUGGACCAUACUUUAUGAAUAGGGACGAGGUUUCCAACAUAAUACAUGCAGUGCUAAACACGAAGGAGAUCCAAAGUGCCAAUCUGGUUUGUGAGAAACUCUUUUUGCUCAAGAGGCUGAUUUCGAAACACACAAGUGUGAUGUUGCAAUUGCUUCCAUUAUGGUUACCCAAAGAAGUUCUUUCAAGGACCCUGAUGGAAGAUGAUAGUUGUACGAUUACGAUUCUGCAGGCGGCAAUUUCAGUGCUAUUGGAGCUUCUUAAGAAAUCCAUCGAUUCUUCCAUCAGGCAACAUGAUAUAGUUAAAUGUGUCAGAGAAUCACUAGCCAAGGAUACUUUACCAGAAAAGCUUCGCAAUAAAUCAUUAAAUGACGGAAACAUGAACUAUAGUACCAUGACUUUAGAAGAACUCGUGCAGAAGCAAAUAACAUAUCUUAUUGUGUUCAAAAAAGAAUACAAGCUCGCUAUGGAUCUGUGGCUGGCAAUGAUGGGACUUCUCUAUAACACCACAAGGACCCUUCUCGAAUUGAGCGACUCAGACGCGCGUGGAUGGCUAAAACUGAAUCAUAUCUGUUUCUUAUCCGGCGAUUCGCCAAUCAAGUUGAUAGCAUUGAAAGCCUGGAGAAUUAUCAUUUAUUGCACCUGGUCACAUAUUAAAGGCAAAUCUUCGGCUCAUGACUUUGCUUUAGUUCGUAUUCUCAAAAAACCAUUCGAUUUUACAGCGAAUCAUGAGUCAGAUCUCAACGUUGGUGAGGGUCUUCUGUAUUAUCUAACGGGCCUCAUUUACACAACAUGUGGUGCUCCCAAAUCACACAAAGCUGACAUGUUUCCAUUUUUCUGGAAUCAGCUUAUUGCGCCUAUUUACUCCCAGUAUAUUUUCAAGUCCGGAAAUAUACUGUUUCGUUCUAGGGCCAUAAAGCUGCUUUUGAAAUUAAUCUCGAAGGAGAGAGAAGACAAGUCCCAUAAGCUUGAAAGAAAAAGAACUCCUGUAAUAAAAGUUAUUUCCACAUCCGGAGUUGCCCUUAAUGAUAUUCAACCCGUUCCUGCAAGUUUGUUGCAAGCCAGUUUUGAAUCAGUGAUGAGACUCAUUUUUUGCGCAAUAAGAUCGGAUCUAGCCGAUUGGGCUGCAAACUACGAGUUGUUUAUUAGUCUUGUGGACUUAUUACCCUCUGAACUUGCCGAUGAAAUGCACUUUAACAGCUUCCUAGAAAUAGCUUUGGAACUGUCAAAGGCAGGGAAAUCCUCUAUCUCAUCGGAUAUGUUUCUUCGCCUCUCCUCAGCUAUGGCGGGACCAUUUGGGGAUCUGAUUAUCAGAGACGGAAAAAUCUUCGAGACACUUGUGGAGGCUACCGAUCACUUACCGGAGCACCAAGCAGACUCUAAAUUGAAGUUGCUAAAGGAGUUUAGCAAGAAACUCAAGGGAAGAGUUUCUGAUCUCCGCAUUAUGGAGAUAUUUGUGGGAAUAGAUGAUGCAUCGUGUAAGCAGUAUGUCUCCAACUGGAUCGGCUCAGUCAUAUUAUCGCCUGAGAUCUCGCCUACUGACUAUAAAAGCCUGUUAAGGAUCGUCCAGUCAGUUCGUUCCGCUGAAGCGAUCGAAAAUCUUCUUCGAUUUUGCUCUAAGUUUGUUCGUAACGUGAAUUUGUUCGAGUUGCUUCAGUUAGGUGAAUGGAACGAUGAACAAUAUAUUCGGUUCGUCAAAGUCUAUGUGAGUUAUAACUCACAUAGACUGGAGUAUCCCGAGGAUCUAUUUAAAGAGCAACUGAAAGACGCGCUUGGUUCGCGCGAGAAGGCAUUUAAGCAGGUAGUGCCUGAGCUCAUCCGUCACAAACUUUUUGACGUCAUAAAGGAAGUCAUUGCCAGUAACCUCAGAUUAGCAGAUAUUUUAUUAUCUGAAUAUGGAUCUUCAUCUUCGGCUAUUCUUCCUGUUGACCAGCUGCCGAACUUCAUAUUGAAUCUUCAAACUUUCAGUGGUUCCGGGCAGCUUUUCAUUACAAAAUGGGCUUUGAGUCUUGACAAUCCAGAAGAAUUGUUCGCCGGGGGCAAAGCAUUUUUUGAUUUCAUAUUCCAUUUAGAACCUGAUGGCAGUGUUACGGGCGAUCGCAGAGCUUUGAUAGAUCAAAUACUCGAGAGGCUUUAUGAACAUGGUUCUUGGGCAAACUUGAGUGAUUUCAUCAAGGUUUGCAUUGCCUGUCAUCAAACAAGCCCUGUCGAGCAGCUGUUCAAAAUAAAGGGAUCACGCAAACUUCGUUUACUCUCGCCGGCAGCAAUUGCCUUCAUGGUUGACAAGUGCGGAUCUUUAAAUGCAGAUCUCAAAGAAUACAUAAAGGAGGCGUACUACAGCAUGAAUGUAGAUUUUAUUCUGGAAGUGACAGGCAGUUUACUCGACUUGAGGAAGGUCGAAUGCUUCGAUUUUUGGGGAGCACAGUUUUUGGUCUUUUUCAUCACUAAAGCCCAAUCUUUUGAAAAUUCAGUACAGAACGAAUGCCGAGAGCUGUUUAAGAAGUUCAUAAAUAUCCUGCUGGACCAGUCAGAUAAGCUCAUUAUUCCGUUUGUGGGCAGCAUGUUGAAAAUAAUGGCAAGUGAUGUGACAUCUUAUACUUUAGAUUUAUUUGAUUUCCUCAUCCAGCACUCCAAAACCCAACCUGUCCUUGAAAAUUUGAAAUACUGUAAUGACCUUGUGGAGAAACUUCGAAAGGGAGUACCUCUUGAGGAAGCAGAUUUGGUCGAACCAGAUGGUGCUAAUUCCAAGGACAAGAUAGGAAAGCCCAAUGAAUUGAUCGUGAAUCAUUUGAAGGGACAUGAAGAAUUGCAAAAGUCAUCGGCGCAGGGCUCAAAUCGCCAUUUAGAGAUAUCGAAAAGUGAGCCAGAAGUUCAGGUUCCAGCAACGCAAAAAACUGAUGGAGAUACCAGGGAUUCAGCAGACUUUGCAUCGGCAGCUGCUGGCACCGACAGCCUUUUAUCUUCUAAUUCAACCGACCUUGCGACCUUGCCUACUGUGUUAAAUGCAUCGCAAUUGGAAAAUGACAAUGCUAGUAGCAGUGAAAGCUUUAGGAACUUAUCUGACUCCAGGACUGAAAAUCCUGAUACAGCUAUUGCAGGGAUCGAAGAUGAUCAAAACUCUGUAAACAGGGCAGAAAUUGCUUUCAACACAGACUACACGUCAGAGACAACGAAGCAAGAAUCAACGAAGAUCAAAGCUCCGCAACCGGUUAAUUCCCCAAACACCGAAAGUUCUACCCCUUCUGGUCAAAAUCUCAAAUAUCGGAAAGAAAGUACUGCAUCUGAGCGCAAUGGUGAUGAUUUCGCGGAUGUUGAGAUGGAUGAAGACGAUGAGUUUCUGAAAACGAUGGAGAAUAAAAUCGCUGUUGGGUCGCAUGAACUGCAAUCUCUUGCUGACAGCCAAUCUGUAGAGCUGCCGGGCACACAGCCAGCUGCUGCUGCGCGAACAGAGUCUGAGUCAAAGAUUCGUUUCCCUAUUUUCAAUUUCUCAAAAUUGGCGAGUACAGCCGCUAAGGACGGUACGCCUGUGCAACUAGAGCACUUACCACAUAAAGAUGUUGUUACGAAUACGGCUCAGCCGGAAACCAUAACGGAUGAGCUUGAGAAACAAGGAGAUCUGAGUCGCAUGGAGGAGGCAAUGUCACAGGAAGCAACGGCUUCACUUCGCAUUCAUUUCCCUUCCAAGAAGGCGCGUCGACUGGUGAGCAGAUUGCGCGCGUUGACUAUAGAAGAUAUUUCUAACUUGACUCAUGAGGAGAAGAGAAACCUUCGAAUCGAACUGCUAGACUUUCUCAUGAACCUGGAGCACGAGAAGUAG